AGUCAUGUACAUUAAAGCAUCAAGAACACCAAAACAUUCAAUAAUAGUAAAGCCAGCCAUGAAAGCCCUACUCCCCACACUACUAGUGUUAGCGCUGCUGCUGGUCACGGCCAGCGAAGCCCGAGCGGCCAAGUGCUGGAGCCGGCAAGACCAGGGCUCGACCCUCCAGGUCUUCCACGUCUACAGCCCCUGCUCUCCUCUCCGGCCGCCGCACGCCGCCGCGUCAUGGGAGGAGAGCGUGCUCCAAAUGCAGGCCGAGGACAAGGUCCGGCUGCAGUACCUGUCGAGCCUGGCGGUGGCCGGCAAGUCCGUCGUGCCGAUCGCCUCCGGGAGGCAGAUCGUGCAGAGCCCCACCUACAUUGUGAGGGCCAAGAUUGGGACGCCUCCGCAGGCUUUUCUCUUGGCUCUGGACACCAGCAACGACGCUGCCUGGAUUCCUUGCGACGGCUGCCUCGGCUGCUCUUCCACCGUCUUUUCGCCCCUCAAGUCGACCUCUUACAAGCCCCUUCCGUGCUCUGCUGCUCAGUGCAAGCAGGUACCCAACCCUACUUGCGAUGGCAGCGCGUGCGGUUUCAACUUGACCUAUGGUGGGUCCAGCAUAGCAGCUGACCUGACCCAAGACACCCUCACUCUCGCCACUGACCCUGUCCCAGCCUACACCUUCGGCUGCAUCAAGAAAGCCACAGGCACUUCGGUCCCACCUCAGGGCUUGUUGGGCCUGGGCCGAGGCCCACUAUCGCUUCUAUCGCAGACCCAAAGUCUCUACCAGUCCACAUUCUCUUACUGCUUGCCCAGCUUCAAGGCCCUCAACUUUUCUGGGUCGCUAAGACUUGGGCCUAUUGGACAGCCCAAAAGGAUAAAGUAUACUCCUUUGCUCAAAAAUCCAAGGAGAUCGUCGCUUUAUUAUGUUAUCCUGCGGGGAAUCAAGGUUGGCCGGAGAACUGUGGACAUCCCUCCCAGUGCUCUGGCAUUCAACCCAACCACUGGUGCUGGCACCGUCAUUGAUUCUGGCACCGUCUUUACAAGAUUGGUGGCACCGGCGUACACGGCCGUCCGAGAUGAGUUCCGGCGGCGAAUGGGAAAGGCGGCGUUGUCAUCGCUAGGCGGGUUUGACACGUGUUACUCGGUCCCGAUUGUCGUGCCCACUCUAACAUUCAUGUUUGAGGGGAUGAAUGUGACGCUGCCACAAGACAACUUCCUCAUCCACAGCUCGGCCGGCAGCCUCACGUGCUUGGCCAUGGCGGCGGCGCCAGAAAACGUGAACUCGGUGUUGAAUGUGAUCGCCAACAUGCAGCAACAAAACCACCGGGUGCUUUUCGACCUCCCCAACUCUAGGCUUGGCGUGGCCCGUGAGACCUGCUCGUGAAUUUAUUAAUUAAUUUGUUUUGGGUUUGGCUUAGGCCAUUGGUCCAACUGGUUUAUUUUCUAGUGGCUUUUCGUGUUGGUUUUAUGGGUUUCUUAAGAUUUGCUGUUGGUGUUUGUAGUUAACUCUUAAUCUUAGAAGAUGCUAAAAAGGAAGAUUGUAGCUUUUGUGUUGGGACUUGUGUUCUAUCUUGGUAUAUGCAUAUGUAUCUUUCUUUGUUGUUUUAGCAGACGAUUACUUGGAUAGAUCGUACCAAGUCGCGAGCUAUUUACAAUCGGCUUUCAUAAUGUUAUUGCCAAAGCAUUUCUGUUA